CUCAAGCACAAGCUGAGGGUGUUUAUAUCAUUUUUUGACAGAUCAGGUUUAGUGUUGAGCAGCACGUCACGCACAUGGUGGUGGAUGGUUUUCGGGUGCCGGAUGGACAUUUGCAGAAGGAUGAAGGGAUCUCAAUGGAGCUUCAGCCUCCUGUUUAUUUUGGAGCUGGAAAGAUUCAAUCAAGCAGUGACACUCAGGCAUGUUAUAAUACUUUGUUAUUAUACAUACUGUAUACAGUACAUGAAAACAGUACAAUGAAAUUCUUUCUUCACAAAUCAGAACGUGGAAGGAAGCUUCAUUUCCUGAAAAGCUGUCCUUGUUUUUCUUUCUCAGGGCAUACGUUUCUCUAAGAAGAGUAUCAUAGGAUGUAUCCGCAACAUCAGGUUUAACAAUGUCCUUAUUGGAGAGCCAGCUGUUAAUCAUGGAGGAGCUCCCUGUUUUGAUGGGGCAGUUGAGGAAGGGGCAUACUUCACUGGUGGUGGCUCUCACAUGAUUUUAGAGAAACACUUCAUGUUGGGUGCUGAGUUCGAUUUAACUUUUGAAGUUCGUCCCAGAAACAUGACUGGUUUACUUUUCCACUGCAGAGGUCACCAAGAUCACAGCCUCAGUGUUUUCCUGAAGAAAGGCACAAUGGUGGUCCAGAUGAAUGAUGGUGCAGGAGACUACAGCACCUCUGUGACCUCGCCACUGCCGCUCUGUGCGAAAUCCUUCCAUCAUGUGGCAGUGACCAAAAAAGGAAACUUUAUCAAGCUAAAGAUGGGACAAAAUUCCAACAGUGCUGUUGGGCCUCAUGUUCAUUCCCCCUCCAAGACUCAUCAUACACUUUACAUUGGAGGCAUACCAGAGACCAAGCGGAAGAGAGUACCUGUGUGGAGCUCCUACAUGGGAUGUUUGAGAAAUGUGCAAAUAAACCAGGCUGCUCUUUCAUUUCAGUCUGUUAGCAGUGUGUUCGGUUCCAUCAACGUCAAUCAGUGUCCGGCAGAGUAGUAUAAAGCCUGUUUAGAUUAGUAAUGUAUAUCCUAUUCAAUUUUUAUAAUUAUUUGAUUAUAUCUAAGUCCAAUUAAAUUCCUUAUGAGGAACUAGACUUAAAAGGCAGUACUAAGUGUAUUGAAACUAUGUGCAAUUGUGAUUAUUUUAUGAAUAAGAAUCCUGGCAUGGGGACAUGUUUUCAGCAGUUCCACAAUUAGUUUCAUAGUAAAAGCAAAAGUAUGAAUAAAGAUUUUUUUUAAAAGUAUUCUGAUGUUCUGUGAGAUAAAUAAUUUUCUCUGAGCCUACGGUAGUGUGCAAAAGUUUUGGGCACCCUAUUUUUUUUUUGUCCAAACUUUGUUAUAGAUUUUUAUUUUAUGACUUCUAUAUUAUUGCAUCAGUAUAAAAACAUUUUAGAUUUCCAAACAUUAGUUUUCCAGCACAAAAUUAAAUG